AUGACCGAGCAAAGACUGCUGUUUAUAGACAUUGAAGCUAAGACAAAAAGCUCCACAUCUGCUGGUGAGAGAUCUGAGGGCCGUCUGUGGACCCGCACUGACAACUCCUUCAGAUUUGACUUCUUGACUGAGAGCUCCCCAGCACCUCAGGCAAAAGAGUCUCUGUCUGAGCGGACCGAGGCCGCAUCAAAUCAGAUAUCCUUUACGGGGCAAGGCCCCGCUUUUGCUUUCAACUUUCAAAUCCCUCCUGCCAGGACAGCAGAGGACAUGGACACCACAGAGGCAACAGACACCUGCUCUUCUCAUGAGCCAAGCAGUGCACAGGAGGAGAAACCCUCCCACCCGAAAGAGGGUCUCAAUGCUCCUGAACCGUCCGUGCAAUCCAAAACAAAGAAAAAGAAAUCUGGGAAGAAGAAAUCUUUGGUUACUGAGACACAGCAGAAGCCAGCAGAGGGGAGUCAAGCAGGUCAAGAGCUGAACUCAGAAGAGGAGUUGAACAGACAGCUAGACUGGUGCAUUGAGCAGCUGGAAUUAGGAAUGAAGUCGCAGAAAGGAACACCAAAACAGAAGGAAGAGGCCUCACGUGCUCUGAAGACUCUGCGUAGCUCCAAAGCUCCCCUGGUCAAGAAGAGGCAGGUGAUGCGAGCCAUGACUGGAGACUACAGGAAAAAAAUGGAGGAUGAGAAGAGCCGGCAGUUCAAACUCAUCCAGAGUGAGGUUGCGUCAUCUAAGGUCAAAGUUGUAUCAGAUUCCCCAAAGAAGUCUGUUUUCCAUCGGAGGGCUGAGGUCAAAACCCAACCCACAACCACAGAGGGGGACGAGCCAAAAAGCAAAGCAGAGGCUGAUGCAAAACCAAUACCACAGACUCAAGAAGACACCUCAGCUUUCAUGUUUGUUCCUUCCAAAGAGGAGUUUUGUUUUAAUUUCCUUUAAGCCGUGUAUCCUGAAAGCAAAGUACUAACUGUGUCUUAUGGUGGAAACAAGUGCAGCCAAAGCAGAACGCUGGGCGACCGUGGAUAGACAUUCUAAAAGAAUGGGACUUGGAAAGACAAAUCACAAAAUCUUACUGGUUAAACCUACAAUUGUUUUAUUUUUUUGCCAUA